AUGUAUUACUGCAUGCCUGAGAAGAUAACUGAGUCGCUCAAGGUCGCGACAAAAAGUACUGAAGCAGUGACGGUCGUCAAUUUGUCAUCCAAAGAAUUGUCCGAGGACACUGUGUCUGUGUUAUCCCGUGGACUCAACUUUGCACCAACACCGCGCAGAAUACCCGUUGAGGAUAUUAUUACAAAUAUUGAAAAUACCAUCUUCAGAAAUAAAAUACCUCACGGAGAUGCUGAUUGCCUGCGCCAGGAUGUGUCUACGUUAUUGCGUAAGUCUCCCCUGCCUAAGAGCAAUAUUACCCUCAAGGAGGUUAGUGCCCUGCGGGAGUUGCGCAAUGAUGAGUCAUUGUUAGUGCUACCGGCCGACAAAGUUAGCCAGAUAGACGCACCGACCUAUAAACUGUCGCGUCACCUGGCUACACUAUUACAACCAUACACGGGCCAAACGAGUAGCUACGUGAGAGACUCCCGUCAUUUUGUUGAGUUGCUAGAGGGUAUACAGCUGCAGGACACAGAUAUAAUGGUUAGUUUUGACAUUACGUCGCUGUUUACCAACGUACCAGUAGAUGAGGUCAUACGAAUUAUCACAACCCUUUUAGGCGGAACUACACUACCUACUGGCUACGUUGAGAGUAUCACGUAUUGUCUUAAAAGUGGAUAUUUCCUGUGGCGAGGGGACUUUUACCUCCAAAUUGACGGAGUGGCUAUGGGCUCACCACUGGCGCCCGUUGUGGCAAACAUCUUCAUGGAGUGGUUUGAGAAAAAAGCACUAGACUCUGCAAACGUGAAACCGCGAUACUGGUGGCGAUAUGUAGAUGAUAUCUUUGCUGUCGUCGCCCGGGACGCAUUGAAGGACCUGACGUCACACCUAAAUCGGGUGCACGCGAAGAUAGAGGUCACCAUAGAGGAGGAAAAAGAAGGAAAGUUACCGUUCCUGGACGUACUGGUCAUCCGAGAGCCGAACGGACGGGUGACUCAUACCGUAUACCGGAAGCCAACGCACACAGACCGGUACCUACGAGCCGACUCCCAUCACCACCCCUCACACCUAUCUUCGGUGCCUCGUACGCUGCUGAACCGAGCACUCGCUCUCUGCGACCAUGAAUACGUCAAUGCGGAACUGAGGCAUUUAGCUAUCACAUGGCAUAAACUGUCGCGGUAUUGUGGCUUCCAAGGCGGCGGCGCGCGGCGUGACAAGCUAGCGGUUGUGGUCGACGCCAGGGAGCUGCGCCAUGCCAAGCCAGGCAAUACGAUUACCGUAUGCUAA